AUGUAUCAGACGAUGAAUAUUUACUUAGUAACUGGGAAUAAAAAUAAAAGGCUGGAAUUUGAAAGAUUAAUGAAGGAUGAAUUGAAAGUGGAGUUUGUGGACGUUGACCUAACCGAGAUACAAUCAAAUGACAUUGUAAAUAUAAAUGAAAAUAAGGCACAGAAAGCAUACGAAAUAUUGGAAAAACAAAAUAUAGGAAAGGGAAAGAAAUUUCUUGUUAUAACUGAUGAUACAGGAUUGUACUUGAACUGCUUGAAUGAGUUCCCAGGACCAUACAUCAAGUGGAUGCAAAAGUGCCUCGGAUCACAAGGAAUAGUAGACAUUACAUCGAAACUUCAGAAUUACAAGUGCCAUGCGAUCUGUGUUUAUUCAAUUUGUAACGGGACACAAACACGAUCUUUUAAAGGAGUUACUAAGGGAACCAUUUCAGGACCUAGAGGCCCCGAUAGCUUCGGCUGGGAUAACAUUUUUGCCCCCGAAAACUCCGAACGAACAUUCAGCGAAAUGUCCUUCGAGGAGAAGAAUAUGGUAUCUCCGCGUUAUAAGGCCUUUGCUCAGUUAAAAAAUUAUCUGCUAGAAGAGCUAACUAAAUAG